UCCGGAAUCAUUUGAAUUCAGUUUAGUGAACCAUCUACUUACAUCUCUCGAAAUGGUUACCAACAGACGUAUAACACAUUUGCUCGCGUUGUUGACCGUGGCGUGGAUCACCAAUGCACGAGUGAUUCCAAACAAAACAUUUCUGCACAAACGUUCAAUAGAAUCUUCAGAACAGACGAUGAGGCAGGUGACGAACCCGAAAAGUCAAUCUUCUUUUUCCAACUUUUUCAACCUUAGCGGUUUCACAUUUAUUGCACCUUGGAUGCGGUUUUUCCAGCCAGUCUUAUUUGCAGCUUCGAAUAACAGAUUUGUUGAGGAUCUAGCAGAAAAUGGGUUGACAGAGCAAGAACAAGAACAACAAGAGCCCAUUGAAGAUUUCUUUAUGGCAGAAAGUGGUUCGGAAGAAUCGGAGAGUGCCCUUCCAGCUGAAAUUACAGAACUCGUGAGUGAAGCCGCUGAGUCAGGUUUGGAAACUAUGGAUGGUAAUGAUGAUGUUUCAUGGAAUGGCAUCGAGUUAGAAGCACCCGAAAGUGUCAUUGACGUUCAGGAUGUGGAAACAAACACAAGCACGGAGGAAAUCGCAGAUGGGUUGAUUAAUACUGGAGUGGACAGUACAGAGAUCACUGGUUCAGGUGUAGAAGUUGAAGGUAAAAUCACUGUUGGUCUUGGGUCUGGAUUUGAAAGAUCAGAAGCCGAGAAUGUGGUGUCAUCUACGGAAGGCAUGGAGCGCGAUACUGGUGAUACGGAUAGGAGUGAAAUGACUUUCGAGGAAAGCUCGAAUACAUUCGAAGAUGUCUCGUAAUUGAUCGCUUCUGAUUCAACAAUCGAUGCUGGCUAGAAAAGCAUUUAUCCAGAGUAUAUGUCAGACAGACGGUUUCGGAACCUUUCUGAGUAUUUGGUGUCUAUUUCUUCUGUGCGGAUUAUGUCCACAGCGCUGUUCGAGUUGAGCUUUGGGACAAAGCAAGUAUUGUGUGGCAUGUGUCAGUUUCUGUAAGGGAAUCGACAUCGCAAUAUAAAUGCCGUUCAUAUCUCCCAGGAUGGCGGAUGAAGUAGUGUUGACCUUUCAUUCUGUGUAUUAUAUAUAUAUUGAAUGCGACAUUUGAAAAGUUUCACUCUUAAUACCUACCUCGCUAUAAACAUGUAGCUAUAUA